AUGACUUCCUUACAAGAACUGCUUGCCGAGGAAGGACUUGCGCUCCAACGCAGGAAACUUCCCAAGGCUCGAAAGCCUGUGAAUCCUAGCAAGAGAACACAACCACACGAGUCACCUGUGCUGCCUAUGUACAUCUGCCAUGACCGAAGUUAUUUCCAUAUCUCGAAACAGAAGAUCGAGAAGACUGCUUCAGAAAAAGGAUAUAUUGGAAGGUACGUAAAAGAUGUGAAAUUCCGGGAAACAGUUCGGGUGAAGUGCAACUCUUGCUUGGUGAAAAAAAAUAUGGAACCUGAUAAUGGAAUUUUUGUGAACAUGGAACUCGGUUUUGAGAGCGUAGAGAAGUUGCUAUACUUGGCAAUUGUCUACAAGUUUGAGAAAAACAAUCGGAUUUCUGCUAGGCACGUACUUCAAGUUUUCUGCGAUUCGCCAUUUUUAGCUCGAACCCACUUGCUUCCUGAUCUUUGGGAGCAUUUCUUUCUUCCCCAUCUUCUCCAUCUCAAGAUAUGGUACACUAACGAAGUCGAGACUCUCUCGAACUUGGACUAUGUUAAAAAGGACAAGGUAAUGAAGGCCUUGAGCAAAGCAUACAAUGAUCAAAUGGACAAGGGAACUGCUGUCUUUGCUCUUUACUAUAAAGAGUGGCUUAAAGUUGGGGUUAAGGCCCCUCCAGUUCCUAUUGUGCCUUUGCCAUCAAAACCCACCUAUGGAUCAUCGAAAAGAAGAUCAUCAGAUUCUUACACUUCACUGUCCUCCAUGAACAAAAACUUAUACCGAGAUGUGCUCGUCCCUACUAUUGAACGGAGAUCUAUGGACCUGGUUGAUCUAGAUGGACCUUCAAUGGAUACUAGGGAUUUGAAGGAAGAGGUGAAACUUUGCACACACGAAGAUAACUGCAGUUUUGUUAAUGUGGGUUACUUAUUAAUAGAUUCGAGAGUUGAAUUAUGCACUGAGACCAAAAAUGCAGAUUAUAUCCAAUUCUUUGAUUGCCGAAGCCUGCCAACAGAACGCAAUCACACAGCCAAGAAAGGUUCGGUCAGAAAGGAAGAAAAUACCCAUUCAAGUGAAUUAAGCAGAGCCAUUGACACUGUUUGUUCCUCGGAUUCUCUAUGCGAGUGUGAAAUUGCCAUUCGUAUAAUCUGCAAAGCCUGGUUGAACUCACAUGGUGAUCCUGCCAUUGAAGCUGCAUUAUCAGAAGCCUCCAUUAUUGAGGGGAUGCUAGAGGUUUUAUUUGCUUCUAAAGAUGAUGAAAUUUUAGAACUCAUAUUAUCGAUUUUUGCUGAAUUUGUAGGACGGAAGGAGGUGUUUAGGCAGAUUAUACUGAACUCGGAUCCACGGCUAGACAUUUUCUUGAGACUUCUUAGGAGCAGCAGUCUAGUUUUAAAGGCUGCUGUUCUGCUUUACCUAUUAAAGCCCAGGGCAAAACAGAUGAUAUCAUUUGAAUGGGUGCCACUAGUCCUUCGAGUAUUAGAAUUUGGAGAUCAGAUGCAAAUCCUAUUUACAGUACGGUGCAGUCCUCGAGUGGCAGCAAUUUACCUUUUACACCAACUCCUUACAGGUUUUGAUGAAGAUAGAAACUUCGAGAAUGCUAGACAGGUGGUUUCUCUGGGGCGAAUGAAUCUUCUGGCUCAAGGAAUUGAGAGAGGGGAUUCUCAUGAUAGGAGCAAUGCUGCUUUGAUCAUGUUGAGAUGCAUUCGAGCUGAUGGAAGCUGCCGAAAUUACUUGGCUGAACAUUUGAACAAAGCAUCUCUCCUUGAACUUCUUUUUCUCGAGUGCCGCAAGAAUUCUAAUGGCCGUGCUUUUGCUUUACUAACCGAGUUACUCUGCCUUAGUAGAAGAACCCAGAUGAUAGAGUUCUUAUGCGGACUGAAAGAAGCAUGGAGUGGUAUGAACACCAUGAACAUUUUAUUAGCCUAUCUCAAGAGAGCCCCACCAGAAGAAUAUCCACUGGUGGCAGCAAAUUUAUUGCAGCUUCAUCUUCUGGGUGAUACUAUGAAGUACAGUGUAUAUAGAGAAGAAGCUGUUGAGGCGGUGAUAACUUCUUUGGACUGUCGACUCUGUAACAAUAAGGUUCAAGAACAAUCAGCGAGGGCUCUUCUGAUGUUGGGAGGCCAUUUUUCCUAUAGUGGAGAGGCAUCAGCAGAAAGUAGGCUUUCACAACGAGCAGGUUUCCAUGAGAAUACAGGGGAUUCAUUUCGUAGCAAGGAAAUUGUUAUUGAUGGUUUCAUGCACUCAAAUGAAGAGGAAGAGGUAAAAGAAGAUUGGCAAAGGAAAGCAGCCACUGUUUUGGUCCGAAGUGGGAAUAAGAGAUUAUUGGCUGCCCUUUCAGAAUCCAUAGCCAAUGGCAUCCCGAGUUUAGCACAAGCAAGUAUCAUUACUGUCACUUGGAUGACCAGCUUUCUCCAUUCAGUUGGAGAUGAAGAUUUGCAGUCCAUGGCAUGCUCAAUUCUCAUGCCACGAUUGCUUGAAUCGAUGGAUUGCAGGAAAGAUCCCAAGGAAAGAGUGCUAGCUUCAUAUUCACUACUGAAUCUCUUCAAGAAUUCAGAAUGUGUUUCUAUGCUCUCAUCAUGGGAUAAAGAAUUGCUGGGCAAUCUCCAGAAUCUCUCGCUAGUGACAUGGACAGCUAGGGAGCUUAUUUCGAUCAUCACAUGCAGCUCGAGUCAAUAGCUGGGAAAUGGAAGCAAAUCAUCAAACUUUGAACUCCCUUUUUUCUCGCUAUUUACCGACCAGUGUUGGAAUCUCUUUACCUGCAAGUUAAGGAAAGAAUAUCUGUAGAAUGUUGUUAGGGUUGAGUGUUUGUGUAAUAUUUCCUUCUUCCAUUUUUUGUUCUUUUCCCUCCAUUUUUAAAGAGAAUAUAUUUAGUGAAACAUACUGAUCUGUAUAGUCUUAAGAUACGUAAAUUUUGUAUA